AUGGACGCCAACAACCUCGACGGGCAGGUUAACGACCUUGUUCGGAACCUUGCUGCGAGCGAAACUGACACGCUCGACGACGCCAUUACGGCAAAUUUUGCCGCCGAUGCUCAGCUCACAACGUCAAUCAACUCCGUCAAGGGCGCAGACAACAUCCGUGAUGUCCUCAAUCUCCACCACGCGUUUGCGUCCGAGUGUACGCCGGGCCCGGUGAACUGGGACGAGAACAACAAGACGGCCACUUUCUCGCUGCAGAGCAUCUACUCGCUUGGAAACGCCCCGUGGCCGUUCUCCAUGCUUCGCCGCUUCUCCGUUCCCGUCAAGUGGGCUGAUAUCAAGCUCUAUCUCCAGCCCGACGAGAGCCAGCCCGUCCGCUCGGAUGCCACCGAGCCCACAAAGUAUCAGGUUUCUCGCAUUUCGACCGUCGCCCACCCGCCCCAGAACAAGCUCAUUGCCGCCGCCUACUCCGUUCUCAUGUACACUGCCCGCAUCGUCGCUCCCUACCUUAUCGAUACCAUGGUCGUCCUCCACAAGUUCUUCGUACGUAACCCCCUUGAGCGCGGAGUGAUUCGCACCGGCGCCUCUGGCGUCGUUGAAAUCCUCAGCUGGGUUCUCCGUGCUGCGUCGUCUAGGGUCCCUCUCAUUGGUAACAAGAAGGUCAGACGCCCCCGGCUUCUCGAGGAUCCCGAACGUGUUCCCGCCAACGUUGAUGUCCCGUCCUCGCCUCCUGUUCCCGACGAGCCUCUUCCCGUUCGCAAGUCCAGCAAGCGCACGUCUAUGCGGGAAUCCGUCCAGGAGCCCGUCCAGUCCGUCCAGGAGCUCGUUAAUGACAACACGCCCGAGCUCGCGCUUGAUGAGGAGCAGAUCACCCGCGACAACGCUGCCGCCACCGCUGAAGCCGUCGUUGACCAUGACGAGGCAGACAUCGACCAGCAGGAGCAGGCCGAGGAGGUCAAGGAGACUGCCACACUCGACUCUGAGGUCCAGAAGGUCGAGGCGCCCGCCGAGCCGGAGGCCGAACAGGUAACCGCCAAGAUCGAGGACGAGGAGAAGGUCAAGGAGGACGCCGCCGCCGAGACCACCCUCGAGACCACUAUGGCCGCUGAGGAGAAGGCUGAGGAGGCUGAGGAGACCAAGGAGGCGAAGGCACUUGAGGAGGAGGUCGCUGAGGUCCAGGCUAGUGCCGAACCUGAACCGAAGACCAAACCCGUCGAUAACGAACCUGAAACUGAGGCCGAGGACGCCAAGCCCGAGGAGCCCGCUCCCGUCGUUGCCGAUAUUGCCACCCCCCAGCCAGCCGACCACACUACCACCGAUAUCAAGGAGGACAUUUCCGCUAUUUCUGAGACCAAGGACACCGCCGAGGACGCCGAAACCAAGCCUGACGAUCUUGCGGACACUGUGGUGACGGACGUGGACACCCUCGAGGAGCCCGUGCUCAACCCCGAGCUUUCUUCCACCGAGGACCACGUUCCCGAGGUUGCGACCAGCGGACAGGUGGCCAAGCCCGACGAGACCGACCUCGAGAGCAAGACUGAGGACGCCGAACCCGCUUCUAUCGCUGCCAAGAUUACCAACCAGCAAAUUGUUGACGACACUACCUCCGAGACCAAGGUGGACGUCCCUGCUACUUCUGCGGCGAAGGACGCUGAGGAGACGGACGCCGAGACCAAGGCUGAUGUCCUUGCCGAGACCGUGGAGACGGACGUCGACACCCUCGAGGAGCCCGUGCUCAACCCCGAGCUUGCUUCCACUCCCGUCAGCGUUCCGGCUGAUGAGGCUGAGCCCGAGGCCACCGAGCCCAAGGAGGCGGAGGCCAAGGGCACGGAGGCUCAGAAGCCUGUCGAGGCCGCGAUCGCUGUCCCCGCCGCCGAGGAGGAGGCCAUGCCUGAGGCGGUCCACGCCGAGGAGGCCAAGCCCGAAGAGGCCGAGGUCGCGGAGCCUAAGGUCGAGGAGACCAAGCCCCAGGAGGUCACGGUCGAGGAGCCCAAGAUCGAGGAGGUUGCGGUCGAGGAGACCAAGAUCGAGGAGGUUGCGGUCGAGGAACCCAAGCCCCAGGAGGUCGCGCUCGAGGAGCCCAGGGUCGAGGAAACCAAGACCGAGGAACAUGUCCACGCUUCCUUCGCGGAUAUGGCUGCCAACCAGCCCGCUCACCACACCACGACUGAGACUGCGGAGGACUUCCCAGCUCUUCCCACGGGCGACAACGCUGCUGAAGAGCCAAACUCGACGGCCGCCGCCACCAUCAGCCUCCCCGACUCGGGGCCUUCGUUUGCCGACAUUGCCUCGUCUAGAACCGAAAACGACGACUCGGAGUCGCGUUCCUCCUCUCUUCCUGGCACCGCCGAGGGGAGCGUCGAUGGUGACAAGAAGAAGAAGAAGAAGAACAAGAAGAAGAGCAACAAGAACAAGAACAAGAACCGUAGACUCCGCAACAAGGAGAUCCCAAGCAACGCUGGCGGUAACGAGUAG